GGGCGCCGCGCGUGGGCCCGGCCCGGGGCAGGUCGGACAUGGGCGCCAAGCAGAGCGGCCCGGCCGCUGCUAACGGCCGCACCCGCGCGUACUCGGGCUCGGAUUUACCUUCCAGCAGCAGCGGAGGGGCCAAUGGGACCGCGGGCGGCGGCGGCGGCGGCGGGGCACGGGCCGCGGCCGCCGGAAGGUUUCCUGCUCAGGUGCCCGGGGCGCACCAGCCUAGUUCCUCGGGCGGAGCCGCGGCGGCCUCGGCCGCCCCUCGCAGCCGCUCCCUCGGCGGCGCCGUGGGGACCGUGGCGUCGGGGGCCCGGGCCGCGCAGUCCUCUUUCAGCAUCCCCAAUAGCAGCAGCGGCCAGUACGGCUCGCAGGACUCGGUGCACAGCAGCCCGGAGGACGGCGGUGGUGGCGGCGGCGGCGGCGGCGGCGGCAGGGACCGGCCGGCUGGAGGGGGCCCCGGCGGGCCUCGCCUGGUGAUCGGCUCCUUACCAGCUCACCUCUCGCCGCACUUGUUUGGAGGAUUUAAGUGCCCUGUAUGCUCAAAAUUUGUACCCUCAGAUGAAAUGGAUUUACAUCUUGUGAUGUGUUUAACAAAGCCAAGAAUAACCUAUAAUGAGGACGUCCUGAGUAAAGACGCCGGAGAGUGUUCCAUCUGCCUGGAGGACUUGCAGCAGGGCGACACCAUAGCGCGGCUGCCUUGCCUGUGCAUCUAUCACAAAGGCUGCAUAGAUGAAUGGUUUGAAGUAAAUAGAUCUUGUCCUGAGCACCCUUCAGAUUAAGCAUCAGCUUCCUGUUUUAUAGGUUUUCUUCUUUUCUCAAGAUGCUCGAAAGACCAAGAGGAUAUGAGGAUCUGUCCCUGGAAAAGCAAAAACAAGAAACGCAGGCAUGCUCAGCCAGAAAUCGGAGCGCUGUGCUACUCGGUGGGUGCGGAGCCGGACAAUCGCACAGGGAAGAGUCCUGCCGGAGAGAGGACCCCUGCCACGGGGCGCACUGUACCAAACAUGGCCCGAGGACUCACAGGGACUCUGCACAUGCUGCACACCCCUUAGUAGUCAUCCGCGUAGGUAACACUGACACACGUUUUGUGUUCAGACGCCAAAGUUAACUGAUUGAAACGUUGAUUCACUUUUUUUUAUUAAGUUCUCUAGAGCUGCGCAACUGGUGUUUUGAUUUGUUGUGUUUUUUAGUUUGGGGGUCUCUUCGUUUUCCUCAACAUGAUGUUUCUGCAUUCAUCUCUUCUUUAAAUUGAAGACCACAUAAUUUAUUUCCUAUAAAUUAAAGUCUUAAAUGUGAAACCAAGAAAUGUAAUCAAGCAGUAAAACAUUCUCUGAAUGUAGACCAUGAUCUCAAGUUGUUCUAUUAUUUUUCCCCAAAGGUGGAAAAUAGACUUCUACAUAGGAAAGCUAAAAUACCUUAACAUGUUAAAUUAAUUAAAAGUUUAACAUUAUCAGAAUGCAGUCCAAAGAGUAAUCAGGUUACAUAAUUACUUUUAAUUAAUUAAAUCUCAGAUUGUCUCCUGAAUUACAGUUUAUGACGUGUAUUGUUUCUUCUUAAACAAAACUGCUGACAGCUGAUCGGCGGAGUCCUGCAGCUAUGCAACUUUUAAAAAACACAGUUACGAGUCUUGAGUGCUGCCAGCUACAAUAACUCUGUUGUAACGGGUAUUUUUGUUUGUUCUUCCCAUGUAAUUAUUUUAUUGUGCUUUGCAUCUCCAGGCAGUUUUCCCACAUUUGGGUAAAAUGCUUUAGCAGGUUGUAAGCUUAAUAACUUGUGAAAAGGGUAAAAUAAAAUUUUCUUGAGUGGAACUUGGAAUAAUUUGAGGGACUUUUAUAUACUUUUAAAAAUCAGAAUUUAAUUAGGAUGCCAGAUUUAUAGCAAUUUGCAUCUUUAGUUUUCCAGAUAAUCUGGAGGUUAGCGUUUGAUAAAUGAUUUUUAAAGCAAAUAUGAAGAUUUUGUUAACUUAUAAUUUAUUAAUGUGUUAUUACUGUAAUUGAAAAUGUUAUAGAACUUUUAAAUUUCAGUCUUGUGUAGAAAGAAAUGUAUUAAGCAAAAUUAUGUGAAUAAAUAUUCCCACAAAAUA